AGCAGCCAUAUUUGCGUUUUAGUCGUCGAAAUGAGUGCAAGUUGGAGUGAGUGAAUUUUGUGAAUUUUGUUUAUGGGACAGAAAGUGGCAAAAUUUCCUGUGUUUCCGCUGGCUAAAGUGGCAUCAAAUGUGCUGAAAAUUAUCUGUGUGGAGUGAAGAACAGUCUGAUAAUACAAUGAGUUGGGGUACUGAGCUGUGGGAUCAGUAUGACAACUUAGCCUUGCAUACGCAAAAAGGAAUCGAUUUCCUGGACAAAUACGGCAACUUCGUACGAGACAGAUGUGCCAUUGAAUUGGAAUAUGCAUCAAAAUUGAGGCGACUUGUGAAGAAUUAUCAACCAAAAAAGAAAGAAGAGGAAGACUAUGAAUAUACAUCGUGGCAGGCAUUUAGGAAUGUAUUGAAAGAAAUUGGUGAUUUGGCUGGACAGAGAGAAAUUGUUGCGGAGACACUUCAGGCCAAAGUCAUCCAUGGUAUUUCGCUGUUGUCCAAGAAUUUGCGAGAUGAUCGCAAAAAAUGUCUCACUGAAGGUGCUUCGCUCACGCAUACGCUAACAACGCAAAUUGCUGCGUUGGAACGGGCAAAGAGGAACUAUGAUAAAUCAUAUAGAGAUGCUGAGAAGUCCAUUGAGAACUAUCAAAAGGCCGAUGCGGAUCUCAAUUUGAGUCGUGCUGAAGUGGAAAAACAUAAACACAAUAUGACCAUGAAAUGCCAACAGUCGGAUGAUUCAAAGAAUGAGUAUGCCAAUCAACUGCAGAAGAGUAAUAAAUUGCAGCAGACACACUAUGAGACAUCGCUACCAGAAGUAUUCAAUCGACUGCAAGAGAUUGACGAAAAGAGGACAAAGGGUAUCAAGGAAUUUAUCAAAAGUGCUGCAGAUGCCGAAUCGUCAGUUGCCCCAAUUAUUGCCCGGUGUUUAGAAGGUAUUGUGAAGGCGUCUGAGUCAAUUGAUGAGAAGGAGGACUCGUCAAAAGUGAUAGAAAGAUAUAAAUCCGGAUUCACACCGCCAGCAGACAUUCCAUUUGAAGAUUUAUCGAAGGUCGAUGCUGAAUCGUCAAAUUACUCCUCACAAAAUAAUUUAGGGAUAAAUAAUAUGACACAAAAAGGAACAAUGGGUGCUAAUAAAUUAAAGAAACGUGUCGGAAUAUUUGGAAUUUUCGGUAGUAACAAGAAUACUCUAUCAACGGACGGUAUGAAGGAAGACUUUAGUGAUCUACCACCGAAUCAACGGCGCAAGAAGUUGAUGGCAAAAAUUCAGGAGAUUCAGCAGAAGAUAACACAAGAGACGGCGGCUUACGAUGGUCUCGUGAAGAUGAAAGGUGUCUAUGAGGCCAACACAAUGCUUGGUGAUCCAACGACAGUGGACGCCCAACUUAAUGAGUCCGGAAGUCGACUGGAGAAACUCAAGAGUGAACUGAAGAAGUUCAAAAUGUACUUGGACGCAGCAAAUAAUGCACAAAUGAUGCAACAUAGUCCACAAUCACACAGAAAUAUGUACAAUGGACAGAGAUCAUCACGGCAUUCCAAUGGUAGCGGGGAGAAUGAAGAUGGAGAUGAUAAUCCAGACGAUGCGAGAAGCUUAAGCAGGUCAGCAUCUGAGGGUAGUGUGGCACAGGCGCAAAAUGGGCUUAACAUUAAUAAUAAUGGCAGUUCGGCGAGUCCGGAAAGUGGCUUGGGAACAUCGCACACUUCCCUUCCGGGCUCUGGGCACGGAAGUGCUAAUGAUAACACGCACCCAGAAGAUAUGUACUAUGAAGCUGAACUUCUUCAGCCUCUGGGAACAUGUAAAGCACUCUAUCCAUUCGAUGCCACCAGUGAAGGAAGUAUUCCAAUGGCUGAAGGUGAAGAGCUUCAAGUUAUUGAAUUAGACCAAGGAGACGGUUGGACAAGAGUUCGUCGCAUGUGUGGUUCGAAUGGAUGGGAGGAAGGAUUUGUACCCACGAGUUAUAUUGAGAGUACACUGUAUGCAUAGAUACCUAUUUUUUUCUUAGGAUAAACUGGAGCAUAUUAUAUUUCCCUCCCACACAUACGAGAAAAAGAAAUUUCAAUAGUCAAAUAUAGGAAUUAUAUAAUAUUUCUCAUUUCUCCAGGAAUUGACGAAGAAAUUAAUAACGAAUAAUUGAAAAUAUGCAAUCUUUAGCAAGUGAAUUAUACAUAUUUGAAAAAGGGAGAAUUUGUCAAUGAGAAUGGCCAAAAGUGUGGGAAAAAAAUUCUGAGGGAAAUUUUAUGCGAAAAUACAGAACUUCUCUGAAGGAAAAAAAAAUAUUUGUAAAAAUUUGUCAAAUGUUUGUAAUUUGGUUGUUUAUUGUUUGUUGAGUCUUUUGUACUUGAUCAAUGAACAAUAAAACAAUUUACAAACAUUUUGUCAUACUUUUACAAUUCUUUUUUAAACAGUUGACAAAAAUUCAGCAAUGUAAAAUUUUAUUGCAAUUAGAUAAAAUUUAUUGUUAUCGCUCAGUGUAAUUUUUCACAUCUUUUUUUUUUGAAUUUGCAAACAACGUGCAUAUGUUUUUUUUUUAUAUAAAAAGGAGAAAAUAUCAAAUUUACAGAAAAUAUGAUUAAAUAAUCAAUAACUAAUUGAAUAAAUAACUAUUUAUUAGUAUAAAUAGAUACAAAAAUAUAAAGGAAACAAACAUGAGCUCAUCACAAAAAAAACAACCUAAUACAUUAUUACAAAAUAUUCUAUUGACUGAAUUAUUUCUAAAUAAAAAAAAGAAAUAGUAAGAAAUACUAAACGCAAAAUAAAUAUAAAACAUUUUUUUAGCUAUUUAAAUUGCUCAUUCGGACUAUUCCUAAGAAAAUUAAAUAAAAAAAAAGAUUUGUAAAUAAAUUAUAAAUACUAUACUUGUCCUAUUUUUUAAAAAAUAAAAAAAUAGAUGACUAAAAAAUUAAAAAAAAAAAAUCGUAGAACGUGAAAAUGAAUGAUAAAAAGUUGCAGAAUUAAGCAACGACGAGAGCUCCUUACAAAUGCUCCAACUACAUGUUUUUGUAGCAAUUUAAUAAACAUGAAAAAAAUGAUUAAAGGACGAAAUCAUUAUUAAAUGUAAUUCUGAAUAUCGUUUCAAAUAAAUUUCAAUGCAGAGAGUAUUAUUGCUAUAUUAGUUUAUUCGUUGUAAGUCUGUAAAUAUUCACACAUUUGUCCUUUUUUUAAUUUAAGAACUUCAACAAAUCACCUAACGCUGUAAAUAGUUUUCAUAAUGGCCGAUGAUAAAGUAUAUUAAUAUCGUAUUUUAGUAGAGAAAAAUACUUGUUCUGCUCUUUUUUUAUUAAUUUGUAUUCUUUGAAUAUUUAGUCAUUAUUCUCUCUUUUUCUAUCUCUUACAAAAAAUAAAUAAAAAUAAAAAUAGACAAGAAAAGUAAUUCUAUGUUAAUACUAGUCCCGUAUUUAUGACAGAGAUUUUCUUUCACUGUAAUAUUUAAUUUGUUACUUUUCAAACGAACUACAAUUGUCAAAAAAAAAACAAUGAAUAAGGAUAAAAAAAAAGAGAUAGAAGAGAGUUUAUGACUAAAGAGAAUAUAGUUUAAAUUGCUGUUGACAUAAUAUAUUUUUGCACUUUUAUCAUUUCCAAGUGAAUAUACAAACCUUCUUGUAAUGAAAGAAACAAAACUCACAACUUUUGGGUAUAUAAUCCAAUAUCUGUCUAAUGUUCUUAUUCAUUGCAAUUUUUCUGUAUAUUUAGCAUUGCAACAAAAUAAAAAAAAGAAUCGCAUUGCAUUAAAA